AUGUCGUCGUCAUCUUCAACAAAUCAAACACAACAACAAUUUCACGCUACAACAUCCGCGAAAGAAGUUGUAGAUGCCUUCAAACCUAAUUUGGAGGGAAAAGUUAUACUCGUUACAGGAGGCAGUUCUGGUCUGUAUGCUGUGGUUAAAAAAACUUCUAAAACAACUUUCUUCUUCACUUUUUUAACAGGCAUUGGCGUGGAAACUGCUCGUGCGCUAGCAUUAACAAAUGCACACGUUAUCAUUACAGCUCGUGACCUGAAAAAAGGCGAAGAAGUUGUUAACGAUAUUAAAAAAACGACGUCAAAUCCAAACGUUGAAUGCAUGGAAAUACACCAAGACUCAUUGCAAUCUGUACGAAAGUUUGCCGAUCAAUUUCUGAAGCGUAAAUUGCCGCUAAACAUUCUUAUCUGUAAUGCUGGUAUUAUGGCUUGUCCAUAUGAGAAGACAGAAGAUGGUUAUGAAAGUCAAUUUGCAGUAGAUCAUCUAUCACACUUUCUGUUAACAAUUCUUUUACUACCAGCAUUGCAAGCAGGUAAACCAUCGCGUGUAGUCUUUGUUAGUUCGGUAGGCAAUCGAGGAGGAGGAAUUAAUGUUGAUGAUAUUAAUUGGGAGAAAGAGUAUGACAAAUGGAAAGCAUACGGUCAAAGCAAAACGGCAAACAUUCUCUUUGCUAAACAGUUGAGUAAACUGUAUGCAGACGAGGGUAUAAAAGCCUACUCACUCCAUCCAGGCGGAAUAAUGACUGGUCUACAAAAGCAUUUACCAAAAGAAGAAACAGCAAAAUGGUUUGAUAAAGAUGGAAAACCAAUUGUUCUAAUGAAAACUGUUGAACAAGGUGCUUCAACAACAGUCUACGCAGCAUUAGCACCUGAGUUAGAGGGCAAAGCAGGUGAAUAUUUGGAAGAUUGUGCUAUAAGCAGAGGUGUGACAACUGAGAAGGGCUUUUGGGGCAUGGCACCACACUCCGUCGAUAUGAAAAUGGCAGCGUGGUUGUGGGAUCUGAGCUCGAAGAUGGUAGAGUUAUAA